CAACACACUUAGCCAAACUAAUGAAACACCAGCAAGAAUAAAAGAACCGAAUCGAAGCAAGAGAGAAAGGCCGAAGAUCGCCGAGACUUAAUCGAUCUCUUCAGACGUAAAAUCUUACCUUCUGCCUUGGAUUGGCCUGAAUCCAGGGCAGAGUGCAGUGCUCUCUGCCUGCCUGCGGGCCUCCACUACCUCGUACAAGCUAAUUAAGCCAAUCAAUAGAAUAGUACACAAUGGCGUUCCAAGAUUUCGACCUGAUUUCCGAGCGGCGAAAGAGGGAGAAGCAGGCGAAAAUGCGGAAGAGGAUCAUAACCGCCUCCAUUUUGCUCGUCAUUAUCCUCCUCAUCGCCGCCGCGGCGUUUGCUUAUUUUGUGGUGUUGAAAGGUCCCCACGACGAUAAGGGCAAGCACUCCACUAAGGCUAAGUCUCAUAAGUCUAAGUCAAAAUCGGACGAAGACUCGUCUUCCUCUUCCUCCUCCUCUGAGACUGCAGAUUCGUCUGUCCCGAAGGGGGAGACGAAUCUCGUGCAUUCUGAGAAGAUGAUAAAAACGCUCUGCACAGGAACGGAUUUCACCACGACCUGCGAGGACAGCCUGAACAAGGCGGCGAAGGAGAACGCCACCGCCGCGAAGAACCCUAAGGAUCUCCUCAAGGCCUCCAUGUCCAUCGCCGUCGAGGAAAUUAAAAAGGCGGUGAAACAGGUCGCCGGCCUCAAGCUCGACAUGCCGAUGAAGAAAGCCGCGCUGGAAGAUUGCAAGGCGCUCCUCACCGACUCCAUGGAGGAACUCAACACCUCCAUGUCCAGCGUCGGGACGGCCAAAACCCCCGACCUGAACAACUGGCUCAGCGCCGCCAUCACCUUCCAGGACAACUGCAUCGACGGCUUCCCCGACGGCCCGGACAAGUCCGCCGUUCAGAAAUCCCUCAAGAUCGCCGAGGAAAUCGCCAGCAACGCGCUCGCCAUGAUCUCCCAGCUCGCCUCCGUGCUCUCCACGCUCCAUAUCCCCGAUUCCGAACCCAAACGACAUCUUCUAUCCGACGACGAGGAAUUCCCGACAUGGAUGGACCACGAAGAUCGCAGGAUGCUCAAGGGGGCCGCCGCCGAUAUUCCCAAACAGCCACCCAACGCCACUGUCGCCAAAGACGGUAGCGGAAAGUUUACCACCAUUAAUGCAGCUUUAAAAGCCAUCCCUGCGAAAUACGAAGGACGGUAUGUGAUUUUUGUCAAGGAAGGAAUCUACGCAGAAAACGUAAAAAUCACCAAAAAGAUGGUAAAUCUCACAAUGUAUGGAGAUGGAUCUCAAAAGUCUAUUAUCACUGGCAGCAAAAACUAUGUAGAUGGAAUCCCUACAUACCAAACAGCAACUUUUGCUGUUAUGGGGGACGGAUUCAUGGGGCAAGCGCUGGGGUUCCGGAACACGGCGGGGCCGGAGAAGCACCAAGCGGUGGCGCUGAGAGUACAAGCGGACAAGGCAAUAUUCCUGACCUGUCGAAUGGAGGGGUACCAAGACACGCUGUACGCGCAAGCGCACCGGCAGUUCUACCGCGGCUGCUACAUCACGGGCACGGUGGACUUCAUAUUCGGCAACGCCGCGGCGGUGUUCCAGAAGUGCCUCAUCUACGCGCGGAAACCGCUGGACAAGCAGCAGAACAUCGUAACGGCGCAGGGCCGGUCGGACAAGCGGCAAACCACCGGAAUCGUCCUCCAGAACUGCAAAAUCCUCGCGGACGAAAAGCUGGAGCCGGUGAAAUCGAAGAUCAAGACCUUCCUGGGCCGGCCGUGGAAGGAAUAUUCUAGAACAAUCAUCAUGGAAUCGGAAAUCGGCGACCUAAUCGACCCCGAAGGAUUCACGCCGUGGAGCGGCGACUUCGCCCUGAAAACGCUGUACUACGCGGAGUUCGCGAACACCGGCCCGGGGGCGAAGACCAAAUCCAGAGUGAAAUGGAGCGGUUACAAAGGCGAACUCAAGAAAGACGAGGCGACGCCGUUCACGGUGGCUCCCUUCAUACAAGGAGAGCCUUGGAUCAAACCGUCAGGAUGUCCGGCGAGUUUCGGCUUCAACAGUUAAUUAACUGAAUCUAUCCUUUGAGUUCAGUUAGUUAAUUACGAACGUUAAUUUUUAUGCAACCUAGGUUUUUACUUUUUAGAGUCGUGAACCAAGUUUAGAAAACCCCAACAAUUAUUCGAUCUCACCCCCCGCCCCACAUUUUUUUGUUUACCAAC